UUCGGCAGUUUACUUUCGAAAUAUCCCUCUUUGACAGUGGUAGAAAUAGUAACCUCUCACAGUUUCCAAACACAUUUAUGUGAGCUCGGAGGAUACAUCAUACUUUGAGCAUUUUCCAUGGGACUAACACAAUGGACUGGAUAAUCACUACUACAGUAUUCUUGUCAGUGUUAAAAACUGGCCUUUUUUUCAAUAUCGAUCUUGUGGCUUGGAAGUUAUGGACUGACAGUGCUGCCGGUUUUGGCUACCAGGUGGUGCAAAGACAAUCAGACGUGCUUACCAGUGCUCCCCUUGAACAGUAUUCACAAAAUGGAAGGGGGCAAAUAUAUAAAUGCUUUGGUGAUUCCUGCCAAAAUUUGAAAAUUCAAGUGCCAGAUUUUGCAGUCAACAUGUCCCUUGGUUUGACAAUGACAAGUGACCCCGCCACACAAAACACCCUGGCAUGUGGCCCAACCAUCCCAAAGGAUUGCAAAAGUAUCACCAUGUACAGAGGUGUAUGCUUUCAGAUAGACCGUUCUGAUAUUGUUCAAAGCCCUGUGCCUUCGUCUCUUGAAGAGUGCCAAGCCUUAGCAGAUAUUGUAUUUCUGCUGGACGGUUCAGGCAGCGUAUCAACUGUUGAAUUUCAAAAAAUGAAGAAUUUCGUGAAAAAUCUGGUCGGCUCAUUCAAGGGAACUAGCACACAGUUUGCUGUUGCCCAGUUCUCUACGCAAACCAAAAUCCACUAUUACUUUGAUAACUUUUUAACAUCUGGAUCAUGGGAGACUAAAAUUGAUCAAAUAAAGAAAAUGGGAGGAUCUACUUAUACAGCAGCUGCCAUUACAACUAUGGUCAACAAUGUUUUCAAUCCAGCAAGAGGUUCCAGAUCAAAUGUGAAGAAGAUCUUGAUAGUCAUUACCGAUGGAGCGUCUAAUGACAAACAUCAGUUGAACAGGGCAGCACGCUUGGCUAAUGAUUUCAAUAUUGUUCGAUUCGCUAUUGGGGUGGGGAGGGCAUUUAUUGAUGACAGUGCAAAAGCGGAACUGAUUACCAUUGCCUCUUCUCCCUCGACAAACCAUAUGUUUCAAGUGGAGAACUUUGACGCACUUGAAAUAAUAGGGCAGAGUUUGCGGGACAAAAUCUUCUCUAUUGAAGGAUCUCAGUCCAGUGGAGAGUCACUGAAAAUGGAAAUGGCUCAAGAGGGAUUCAGUGCUGCUUAUGCUCCUGGGGGAAUCAGGCUGGCUAUUGUUGGUGCCAACACGUGGAAAGGAGGCUACCGGCAAUACACAAUCAGAGGCGAGAGGGCGUACUUAUUUGAGCCUCUGAAUGUGAACAAUGACAGUUAUCUGGGUUACUCCAUGGCAAUUGCUAAAACACCACAAGGCACAUUGACAAUUGUUGGCGCUCCAAGAUAUGAACACAGAGGAGCUGUGAUGGUGGUUGACACAAAGCACAUCUUGAAACAAAAGAUCGAUCCCUUUCCAUGGCAGUUUCAGACUGGUGAAUAUUUUGGGGCAACGGUUUGUGCCAUGGAUGUGAAUGAUGACAGCUUCACUGACCUAAUCCUUAUAUCUGCCCCUAUGUACAAGGAAAAUGAUAGAGAGGGAAGAGUUUACGUUUGCAGAUUAACUGGUUUGCUUGUCGAGUGUCAGUUAGAUUCUCCACUCGUACUGAGAGGGGAAGUGUCUGACAAAGGAAGGUUUGGCUCUUGUCUUGCUGUGCUGCCGGAUCUUAACACAGAUGCUCUCAGUGAUUUGGCAGUUGGAGCACCUUUGGAGAAUGACGGUCAUGGCAGCAUCUACAUAUUCCAUGGCGAAAGACAGGGGAAAAUCAGUCCUACUUACUCACAGAGAAUUGCUGGCUCUGAAGUCCAUUCAGGACUUAAGUUCUUCGGUAUAUCGAUCAGCCAGUUGUCUUUUGACCGGAAUCGGGACAAUCUGCCUGACAUAGCGGUGGGUUCAAAGGGCGCAGUUGUCAUUCUCAGAUCAAGACCUAUAGUAAUGGUAGGAGCUACGGUGUCAUUCAACCCAAACCAAAUCCAUACUCAAAACUCAAACUGCUUAACACCACUGAAGAACACAGCGGAAAUCUGCUUUACCAUGACCAGACAAUCUACACUAGACACAGCUCGAGCAAGGAUUAAUUAUACUUUAACACUGGAUGCCAAUCGCAAAGCCCCAAACAACAGAGCUUACAUCAGUGAUACACAACGUGAGAAGAACGGAUCAAUUACUAUUACCUUAGGACAGCGACAAUGCGUCAAAGUGAGGUUCUUUAUUGAGGCUUGUCCAGAAGAUGCUCUCAAUGCACUUCUCAAUGAGCUCAGAUUCACCUUUGACGGUCUGCCCUCUAAUACAAAUCUCAAACCAAGUCUCGCCCAGCAGGCUCUAACAACAACCUUUCAUCGUUUAGGGUUUGAGAUCAACUGCGGCACUGACGAGAAAUGUGUAGAUAACCUGAAAGUGGAUUUCAACUUCAACAGAUCCUCAGAGAUUAGAGUGGGCAUUGAUGAACUGUUGGAUGUAAUAGUAUCAGCCGAGAACAGCGAGGAAAACGCCUACAACAGCCACGUUAUUCUCACGUACCCAGUCGGGCUCUCCUACAGGAAGUUAACAAGUCUGCAGGGAAGAAUUGAGUGCAACUCCUUGGACAGUGAAGAUGGCUUAUCAAGAGGAAAGACAGACUGCACUAUUGACAAGCCUAUUUUCAAGAGCAUGUCUAAGGCUUUAUUCAUCGUCUCCUAUGGGAUCGAAACCAACAGUCAACUUGAGGGCAGGAUUUUUGUCACUGCAAAUGCUACCAGUGGGAAUCAGGAGCACUCCAAUUCAAGUGAACUUUACAAAAUGAAAGGACUUAAUGUGAAGUACAGCAUUUUUAUUACAAUUGAAAGUUCCCUCAGCUACAACAAUUUCACCUUUGGAAAGAAUAAUUUGCAGAAACCAGUCCAACAAUCAAUCACGGUUACAAAUGACAUCAGAGCGCUGAAUUUCACUGUGGUGAUCAGGAUGCCGGUAAAGCUCGGUGAUGAAGACAUCUGGGUGGAUUUGAGCAGUUUGCAGAUUCCAGACUGCCAAAGAGACAAAGAUGAAAAGCCUAAUUUCACAGAUUUUGCUGCUCGGAUACAGAAAAAUAAAGUAGUGGACUGCUCUGUAGCCAAGUGCCGAGUGUUCAAGUGCAACAGGUUCAUGGGAAGACUGGAGAAUAAAAUUUACAAAAUCUCUGCCAACCUUAGUUCAAGAUGGAUAAAGCAGAUUGGACUUCAAUCUGCCAAAUUCCUCUUGACCAGUACGGCCAGUCUGGAAUACGACAGAAACCAGUACAUCUUCUUUUCAACAGGAUUUAAUAACAAACCUCCUAUUCGCAAGAUUGUGGCAGAGGUAGAAGUGUAUCCAGAACCAGACUUCACCAAAGAGAUCGUUGGAGGAUCGCUAGGAGGGUUGGCUCUACUGGCUUUACUCACCGCUGGCCUGUAUAAGGCUGGAUUUUUCAAGAGUAAAUACAACGAGAUGAUUAAUGAUGGUGCAGGAGAAGGAGCAGGUCCAGGGGAUGAUGGAGGUGCAACCACACAAGAAAAUCAAACAUAAAAUCAGUUCAUAUCUAACUGACACCGGCUGUGCUGAUUGUAAAAAAGAGCUUGGCUGUGUCUGAAAUCACUCCCUCACUCCCUCAUUCACUCAUUCACCAUUUUCUUUAGAACACAAGCACCCAGUGACGAGGGAUCAAAGGUAGACAAAACGUUUGGGAACCGAGUUCAAACAAAAUGGUGGAGGGUAAAUGUAGUGCACUAUAUGGGGAAUGAUUUCGAACUCAGCCCAAGUGAUCCAGCAUUUGCUGUAAUGUGACAGGGGCUUUAGAAAGGCUUUACAAAUUGACAUUUUGAACUAAACAGCGUAUUGUUCUUCUACUAUGAAACAUUUCUGCAUUCAAAUUUCAGCAAACUAUUUGUGUUUGCACAUUUUGUUUUAGUCAAGUGAAAAAAAAUCAGCUGAAUUCCGAUUUUCAUUACAUAAUUCUCUGCUAAAAUAUAUUGUGUAUAUAUAUAUAUAUAUAUAUAUAUAUAUACACACACACACACACAUACACACACACACACACACACACACACAUAUAUAUACACGGUAUGCUUAGGAGUUGCUUACUUGCUAAAAAUGAUUGUAUUUGAUGGAACUAUUGUUGACAGUCUGAAUUGCUUUGUUUAGGAAUAAAUAAUAAAAUAUUCAAUAUUGAUCUAAGAAUGCCCAAUUUAUGUAAAAAGACAUAAAUUGUUGCUUCAUCAAUAUUUAUUAUAUAUGUGAUUGAUA